UCGUAAAUGCUUUCUUGUUGAAUCUCCGCACGUGCUGGCGCCUCAGAAAACAAGUUUAUUUUAAUUUAAUAUUAUUUAACUGUUUUUAACUGGAGUCACAACAUGAAGGACACUGAAAUCAAAGAAAACACACAGGAUGCGGAGCGCCAGAAGGAUAAGGACGACCAGGAGGAGCCGGCAGAUGCUAGCAGCGACGAAGAUGAAUACGAUGACAUAGAGGAUGAUGAUGACGAUGCCAUGGACGAAGGCGAAGAGCCUGCUACUUGUCUGUUCUGCGCCGAAAUCUUCCCGAAACUAGAGACCGCCAUCGAGCACCUGGAUGUCCGGCAUAAGGUGAACCUGUCGCAGCUUAAAGGCAAAUUUCAAAUGGACCAGUACUCCUUCAUCAAGCUGAUAAAUUUUAUAAGGGCUAACAAGACUAGCGCCGAGCAGGUGCUCUCUGCUGAGCAGGAGCUAUGGCAGGACGAGAAGUACCUUAAGCCGCAGGAGUAUGAGCCCUGGCUGUGUUAUGACUACGAAGCAUUGAAGACGGAUGCUGCUGAGGCCCAGCCGACGGUGGCCGAACUGCAGCAGCGCAUUGCCGAGCAAUCCCGGCUGCUGCAACAGGCCAACGAGGACAUGGAGCGCAUGCGCAACGACUACAAGGAGCUCCUGCAGAAGGUGCAUGGCGACAGCGAUUCCAAGGUUGCCAACAAUCCCGUGCCGCGCAACAAUCCCAACCUGGACAAGGAGUACUUCAACAGCUAUUCCCACUUUGGCAUCCACCAUGAGAUGCUGAGUGACAAAGUGCGGACCAGCACGUAUCGCUCGGCUCUGCUCCAAAACGAAGCAGUGGUCCGAGGCAAGACAGUGCUGGAUGUGGGCUGCGGCACGGGAAUCCUAUCCAUCUUUGCCUCGAAGGCGGGCGCCUCUCGCGUGGUUGGUAUAGACAACUCUGAAAUCGUCUACACGGCCAUGGACAUUGUCCGUAAGAACAAGGUCCAGAAUGUGGAGCUCAUCAAGGGUCGCCUAGAGGAUACUGAUUUGCCAGAGGCCAAGUACGACAUUAUCAUUUCCGAGUGGAUGGGCUACUUCCUCCUGUACGAGUCAAUGCUGGACAGCAUCAUUUAUGCCCGCGAGCACCACCUUAACCCGAACGGCAUCAUCCUGCCCAGCCGCUGCACCCUAAGCCUGUUGGGCUAUGGCAACGACACUCUCUACGCCGAACAGGUCGAGUUCUGGUCGGAUGUGUACGAUGUGAACAUGAGCGAUCUGCGUAAGCGCUCCAUCGAGGAGCCACUCAUGGAGGUGGUGGACGCACAGUUCACUCUAACGGAGCCCGAACAGAUUGCAAACUUUGACAUUAUGACCGUCGAUCUGAACUACCCCAACUUUAGUCACUCAUUUAGCUUGAAGGUCAUUAAAGAAGGUCGUCUGUCCGCCUUUGUUGGAUUCUUCGACACACUAUUUGAGCUGCCCUCCGCCGUUAUGUUCAGCACAUCACCCAAUGAGACACCCACCCACUGGAAGCAAACGGUUUUCUUCAUUGACCAGCCGCAGGAUGUUAAGGCGGGAGAUGUUAUCACUGGCAAAAUUACAUCGCGGCGGCACAAGGAGGACGUGAGGGCGCUAAGUGUGGACAUCGAAGUGUUUGGCAAGAAACACAAGUAUAUGGUGGUCUAAUAUGGGGAUUCCCGGGGAUCUUUCGCAUUUAAAACCAAGAGCCAGUCUCUGGGGUCUUUCAAAUCGUUUUUAAUUAAAGAUUCGUGGAUCGUACGCA